ACAUGAACCAUAACUUUCUCUAACAUCACUCUCCCUUUUACACAACCCCCCAAAAAUAGACUUCUCUUCCUUCUCUUUCUCUCCGUUACAUUCUUCGCUCUCUCCCCCCCCAAAAAGGCUCUCACUUUUUUUCUCUAAUAACCCCUUUCUUUCUUUUCCCGAUGGAACAACUAACUCCGGAGCUCUUCCUCGUCGCCGGUAACGCUGACUCUUUCGUUGUCGAUGACCUCCUUGACUUUUCUAACGACGACGGCCAAGCUGACGACGGACUCGACACCUUCCCUGAUUCUUCCACCGUCUCCGCCGGUACUCUCGCCGACAGCUCUAACUCCUCCUCGCUUUACACCGACGGCACUGGGUUUUCCGACGACCUCUGCGUUCCGUGUGAGCAUUUAGCUGAAUUAGAAUGGCUGUCGAAUUUCGUGGAAGAAGAAUCAUUCUCGAAAGAAGACCAAGACAAGCUUCAGUUACUAUCCGGCUUAAAAAACCCACAAACCACCGGGUCAACCCAGACCCACCAAAUUAAACCCGAACCCGAACUUGAUAGUCUGGAUUCAUUCAUCAUUGCCACCGACACAGACACCGAUGACUCUAACGCCGCCUCAGUUCCGGCCAAGGCGAGAAGCAAGAGAUCACGCUCCGCAGCUUCCACGUGGGCAUCUCGCCUUUUGGCAAUCGCCGGCUCCGACGAAUCCAAUCCCAAGAAGAAACAGCUCAGAAUAAAAGAACAAGAUCUCGCCGGAGAUUUCGACGGAGAAGGCGGAGAAUCAGGAGGAGGACGACGGUGUUUGCACUGCGCGACGGAGAAGACGCCGCAGUGGCGGACGGGACCGAUGGGUCCGAAGACGUUGUGCAAUGCGUGCGGCGUACGGUACAAAUCUGGGCGGUUAGUGCCGGAGUAUCGACCAGCGUCGAGUCCGACGUUUGUGAUGGCGAGGCACUCGAACUCUCACCGGAAAGUGAUGGAGCUCCGGCGACAGAAGGAGAUGCGAGAUGAGCAUUUGCUGACUCAGCUUCGGUCUGAGAAUCUCCUGAUGGAUAUCAGAUCCAACGGUGACGAUUUCUUAAUCCAUAAUAAUAACCACGUGGCUCCUGUUUUUAGACACUUAAUCUAAUAUUCCUCUUUCCACGUGGACGAAUUCUCCCGAAUUUGUUCUUUUUUUUUUGUUAAUUUUUGUUCCCGCUUUUCUUUUUAACAUCUUAAUUAAUU